ACGUCUCGGGGGAGGGGGAGGCGCGUUGCCUGGCGAUGUGGCGCGCGGCGUGGCGGUUGGCGGCAGCUGCUGCGGCUGCUCUCCCUUCAAGGGCUGUCGUCUCCUCUGAAGGACGCCGCUGCUGCUUCGGCUGCCUUUCGCCUCGGUCUCCCUUCGCGGCGUGGCCUCGGAACCACGGAGCGGGCGUUUUCAGGGGGAUAAAGACUGGAGCUAUGCCCGAAAUAAACACAGACGACCUGGACGAGCAGCAAGUCCAGCUGCUGGCGGAGAUGUGCAUCUUGAUUGACGAGAACGACAACAGGAUCGGCUCCGAGACAAAGAAAAACUGCCACUUGAAUGAAAAUAUCGACAAAGGAUUGCUGCAUCGUGCAUUCAGUGUAUUUCUGUUCAAUUCGGAGAACAAGCUACUUUUGCAACAAAGAUCGGAUGCCAAAAUCACAUUCCCAGAUUGUUUUACCAACACUUGUUGCAGUCAUCCCCUGAGUACUUCACUUGAACUGGAAGAAAAUAAUGCAAUUGGAAUUCGAAGAGCAGCACAGCGGCGAAUGAAAGCAGAAUUAGGAAUUCCACUGGAACAGGUGACUCCAGAAGAACUCCUCUACCUGACCCGAAUUCACUACAAAGCCCAGUCCAAUGGGACCUGGGGAGAACAUGAAAUAGACUACAUCCUCUUUGUGAAGAAAGAUGUGUCACUGAAUCCAGAUCCCAAUGAAAUUAAAAGUUACAGUUAUGUGACACAAGAAGAACUAAGAAAGCUGCUAGAAAAGGCAUCCCAAAAUGAAGUCAAGAUUACUCCAUGGUUCAAACUGAUUGCAGAGACUUUUCUCUUCAAAUGGUGGGACAACUUGAAUAAUCUGAAGAGAUUCAUCGAUCAUGAUAAGAUACACAGAAUGUGAUAGCUAGUAAAACAUGUUCGCCUGAAAUGAUGUAAUAACUUUUAAUACUGAUCAAUGGUACAUUUGAAACACUAUUUGUAAAAGUUGAUUGCAACACAAAGGGUGAAAUAGGAGCUUGCCUCAUGGAUGAAAGGGAUUUGCUUUUGUAUCUGCAUGACCUAGAUGUCUUGUACUAAAGUUUGAGUCUUCUGCCUUUCACAUCUUGGGUUUAUUAGCUGGAUUACUAACAAGUUGUCAACAUGCUUGUUGACAUACCCACUAGAGGAUGAAGUCUGCAUGUCCACUAUGCGAUUAAUUAUGAUGAAGAGUUGUCACGGCCAGGAUCUCUUGCUCUGUGUUUAAAGAUGGGUUAUUUCUGGCGUAGAGAAGGGAUUGACUGAAGCACAAUAGAGUGCUUAGAAUAGUUCAUCUAUCCUGUGAGUCAAAUGUUUUAUAUUUCAUAAAAUAUGACAGCUUCGAAUCUGGAUAUCUAAGGAUAAGAUAAGCAAGUUAUUACAUAAAAUUUUCUAAUAAAUUGCUGUUGAAGUAUUUGUUCACUAGUCAUGGCUGAAUGUGGCUUUUGUCAUUAAGAGAAAUUACUUUAGUGUGAAUUAACUUCAUGUAAAAAGGAGGAAGCAAGUUCUUUCCUGGAACAAAAAGUCUUUCUAGAAAGUAGCCUUCAGAACACCUAACAGAAGUUUAGAGAUUCUAGUUUUGUUGGAAUUAGAGAAUGAAGAGCUGCAGAAAAGGCUAUUAAUGUAUUUACUCAUUAAAACAUCUGCUGGGUCCUGGAGAUUUAAUGUUUUUAAAAGGCUUUGGAUAUGUUUAUAUAAUGAAUGAGAUGGUUAUACUAACUACUUGGAACAAUUACAAUUAAUAAAAUAUGCCCUAAUUUUCAA